GCUGCAACCAACUUCGCCGUGACUGGGGUCACAGCAGAGCAGAGGCUGCAGGCACCUUUAAUGUUUAAACCAGCUUGUCACCUGACCUAACCUGGAUUGUCUGCUCCGGCGAGGGCGGCUGCAGGAGAGACGGGCUCGGGGGUGGUGGAAGGGGUAGGAGCCGCCUACUGACGUCUAGAACCUGCUGUGCAAGUGCAGGCGGCGCUGCCUUCCCCUGGCAGGAGAGGGAAGGAGCCCGGCGGCCGCGGACAAUGUGCAAUGCCAGAGGAGCGGCCAGUCGGGCAGGCAGAGCCGGCUAGAGGCGGGCGCUGAGCCGGGACCUGCCGCCACCCGCACCUGGCGGAGGGGCAGGGGCAGGCAGCCGCGGCGGGCUGGAGCAGGAUGUUUAAAGGUUAAGUGCCAAACACCAAAAUGAGUGUGACUUCGUGGUUCCUGGUGAGCAGCACUGGCAUUCGCCACCGGCUCCCUCGGGAGAUGAUAUUUGUUGGCAGAGAUGACUGUGAACUAAUGCUCCAGUCCCGCAGUGUGGAUAAGCAGCAUGCUGUAAUCAACUAUGACAAGGACAAAGAUGAGCACAGGGUGAAGGAUCUUGGGAGCUUAAAUGGGACUUUUGUGAACGACGUCCGGAUUCCUGACCAGAAAUACAUCACAUUAAAACUGAACGACGUGAUUCGCUUUGGCUACGAUUCUAACAUGUAUGUCUUGGAACAAAUUCAACACAAAGUACCAGAGGAAGCAUUAAAGCACGAAAAGUAUACUAGCCAACUUCAGAUGAGUUUCAAGGGCACCAUGAUGAAAAGAGUGGAGCAGCCGGUGGAACAUGGUGGUUAUACUGAAUCCCCGCAAGCAAAACUGGAGAGAGGAGAGAAGAAAGCAAUUACAGAGACAGCUCCUUAUCGCACACCCCUUUAUGGUCAGCCUUCAUGGUGGGGAGAAGAUGAUGCAAAUAACAAACUAGAAAGGCAGGAGGACAGAAGGCAAGAAGAACAUUAUUCAGAAAGAACGAAGGAGAUAUCCCAGCAUGAAGGGGAGAUCAAUGGUAAUGUUAUUGCUUAUCGAGAUUCCCAGGAACAGUCUGUGUAUGCAUUCAGAAGAGAACCUAGUUAUUUUGAAAUCCCAACGAAGGAAUUCCAACAGCUGGCAAAAUCUCCUGAAACACAGGUCCAUGAAAUCCCAACUAAGGACAUUGAUGCCGUGGUGCCACCCGUUGUGCAAAGCCAUGCCUCUUUUACCAUUGAAUUUGAUGACUGUACCCCUGGUAAAAUAAAGAUAAAAGAUCAUGUAACUAAGUUUUCACUCAGACAGAGAAGACCUUUCAGUAAGGAUGCGGGUCACACAGAGAUGAUGUCAGCGGAGAGCAAGGUGGCUGAUUGGCUGGUUCAGAAUGACCCAAGUUUGAUGAGAAGGCAGUCUCCGGGAGACGAUGUGUACAGUACAAAGAGUGAUCUUCCGGUUCAUGUGAGGACACUGAAAGGUAACAGACAUGAAGAUGGGACGCAGAGCGAUUCCGAAGACCCUGUUGCACCCACAGCAGAAAAGGAGACCGCCAGCAAUGACCAUGCAGCUGAGCAAGCCAGGCUUCAGCGCCAGAUCAGGCGCGACCCCCACGAAAUGCUGCAUAACCAGCAGGCCUUCGUCAUCGAGUUCUUUGAUGAUGACACGCCUCGUAAAAAGAGGUCACAGUCUUUCACGCACAGCGCACACUCCUCCCAGAGCGACACGGAUCCCGUGCCGAAAACCAAGGUGGAAAAGCGCAAAGCUGCCAUGCCUGCUGAGAAGCUUGGUAGCCCAGUGCCACCUCCUCAUCUGGCUGCCCAGGCAGGCAAGCCGGCCAGCAAUUCCUCGGGGACACAGAGAUCCAGCUCCUUUAAGAGAGAGAAGACAGAAGAUCGGAUCAGCUCUUCGUCAUCCUCUGCUUCAAGGCCGUCUGCAAAGAACUACGGCAGCAUUGGGAGGAAGUCUAAAAUUGCUCAGGAUUUUGCUGCUGAGUAUCUAAGGGAGAACUCUCAAGCUGGAAAGUUCAGCGCUGAGAAGCCAGCACCUCUGCAGGUGCCAGUGGCUCCCCGGGUAGUAAUAUCGUCUGCACCAGACCCUGCCACCACUCCACCUACCGAUCCAAAAUUGGUCAAGGCUAGGAAGCAUGAGGAGGAGGAUAGUUUAAGUGAAACGGGCACAUACACCAUUGAGACGGAGUCACAAGAUAAAGAAGUAGAAGAAGCUCGGAAAAUGAUAGAUCAGGUUUUUGGCGUGUUUGAAUCUCCAGAGUUUUCCAGAUUGUCUUCAGCCUACAGACCUGUUAUAAAAGGCGAAAAGGAAGAACCAAGCUCUCACCAGCAUCUAAUCACUGAAAAUGGCACCAGUCAGAAGACACUUCUGCUCCAGGCAUUCCCUUCCAAACCCACUUGUGGGUCCCAGGCUGAGAUGCAGGUGCCUCCAGCAUCUCAAGGUGGUCAGAAAUGGGUCUCUAGGUGGGCAAGUCUUGCUGACAGCUACACAGACUCAGGGCUUUGUGAUGGUCAACAGCAGGGAUUAGUAUCUGAGGGCCAUACAGAAAGUGGCACAGCUCAUAAACCAGGAGAACCAGAGACCAUUGUGCCUUCAAGAACAAGAAGGCUUCUUCCCCAGCUCCCACCGAGUGAUAAAUCUGACAGCCCAACACCCACAGUUUUAAUUUGUCAAGACUCGUAUCCUGAAGUAUCCAAGAGAAACAUUGUAAAGGAACAGGGUAAAGAAACCUAUGCUGAUCCCAGCACCCGAUUGUUCAUCCAAGAGGACUUGGAUCCUGAUAGCCUGAGUGAUGCCAGCAAGUCCGACGACGGCUUUGGUUUGGAAAAAGGAAAGAAAUGCAAAGAAAACACUAAAAUGCCUGAGCAAGAACGACGAAGGGGGGAAGAUUUAAAACCUGAGGUCCGACAGGCAGCAGCGCCAGGGGUUUCAAGUAUCACAGCUGUAAGUGAGCCAGUAUCUACUUCCUUCUACAUUGGUGAUGAAACUAAUGAGGCUGGGAUUCCCUCCAAGCUUUCUCUAAGUGCGUCUCAUUCUCGAGCAGACAAAGAAUGCAAGGAUCAAGAGUUUCCUGUCAAGUCACCCAGUGCAGCUGCUUCUGGAAAGCCAGUGGUCAAAGACGUUAACAGCACUUACGUUAGCGCGUCGGGGAAAAUGGUAAUUUCCCUUCAUCAGAAUCUUGCUCAGGAGCAAGAAUACGUAGCCACAAAAGAAAUAUCCUCCUUCAUUAGGCAGGAAAGUUUUACCAAAGACAAAUCAAGCAGCGUUGUUCCUCAGAAUAAACUUCCUCAUAUUUCAAGUCACCCUCUGCUUAAAGAUUUAGAUGUUGCACGAUCAAGCCGUAUGGACUAUAAUCAAGACACUCAUCUUAUCCUUAAAGACACUGAAACGGCUUUGGCAGCACUGGAAGCCAAAAUACUCUGUCAAAACCACCAGCUGGACCUUUCAGGAACUAUUCCCGGGCAGCUAGAAGACUCCUUAUCUGGGGACUCUGAUGUGGACACAGCAAGCACGGUCAGCUUGGUUAGCGGUAAAAACGUCCCAAGCAGCACACCGAAAUGCCAAGUUACAAGCAGCUUGCAGAAAGAGAAAUCCUCCUCCACGCCCUCUAUCCAGGACCAGUGCAGCCAGCCCAGUGCUCGCGAAAGGCUGUCAGAAAAACGCAGGAUGCUUCCGCUCGAGGCGGGAAACAGAGGAGAAACCGCCAAACGUUUCCAAAUCAAGCGAAGUGCUGGGGCUCGUGGGUCACUGGAUUUUACAGAUGACGAAAGAAGCUCUACUCUUCCUUACUUCCCGGUAAGUGAAACGGCCUCCUCUGAUCACGAGCAUUCUGUGUCAAAAUCCGUCCCCAGAAGGAAACCUUUUACUCAGGCUGUGAAAGAGGAGCGCGGCAAAGUGACUGCAAACGUGCAAAAGAUCCAGCAAGUUCUCACCAGGUCCAACAGUUUAUCGACCCCCAGGCCCACGAGGGCCUCAAAACUCCGUCGCGCCCGGUUGGGAGAUGCCUCAGAUAAUGAAUGUGCCGACACCGAGAAAACAACCUCCAACCUCGAAGCCACAACUGCGGCUUCUAAACAAUCCGCGGAGUCUAAAAAGCUGUCCAGGCUUGACAUCCUUGCCAUGCCAAGGAAACGGGCAGGUUCGUUUACAGUGCCAAGCGACUCUGAAACGACGCAGCCAAGAACUGGGUUUUCAGGGCGCAGUGUGGAGUCGUAUUAUGCAAAUCGGAAGCCACCUGUGUCAGACGCUAGAACUGCAGCUAGAAAAACUGCAGCUGCUGCUACUACAAAGCAACCUUUCAGUAGAACUCGUUCUAGCAGUGUCAGGUAUUCAUCCACCUCCACUUCAAGACGGAGACAGCAGGGUUCAGAUUACACUUCUACUUCAGAGGAGGAGUAUGGCUCAAAUCACAGCUCCCCUAAACACAAACGCUCCCAUACUUCAACAGCCACGCAGACGCCUCGGCCGCACAGUUCUGGGCUGAGCCGGCAGAAGCACAGCGGGAGAGAAACGGAUGAUGACGAAGACUACGAUGAGCCUGACCCCUUCAACUUCAGCGCACAAACAGCCGAGAUAGCCGAGAUAGCCAGAUUAAGCCAAACCUUGGUGAAAGAUGUAGCCAUCCUUGCUCGAGAGAUUCAUGAUGUUGCAGGCGAUGGGGAUUCCCAGAGUUCGUCAGGAACCGGACCAAGCACCUCCCUCAGCUCCGUACCCAACACCCCUGCUUCUACCAUAUCAGCAAGGGAAGAGAUUGCUCGUACAUCUUUACGGCCGGCAUAUCCAUCUCAGUUGGUGCAGCACAUUCCAGAAGCAAGUCUGAACUACCAGAAGGUGCCUCCCGGGUCAACGGGAUUCAAGGAUUUUGAUCAGAAUAUGAACAACAAUAGAGAAGAGGAUCUCUCGAGAAAAACGAGGGCAAGAAACCGAGAGGAGGUCAUCUUUGACAACCUGAUGUUGAACCCAGUGUCUCAAUUAUCCCAUGCGAUCCGUGAAAAUACAGAAAACCUGGCUGAAAAAAUGAAAAUUGUGUUUCAGAACACCGAAAGGACCUGGGAGGAGAUGGAGGCCAAAAUUAACUCGGAAAACGAAGUGCCAAUUUUAAAGACCUCAAACAAGGAAAUCAGCUCUAUCCUAAAGGAGCUACGAAGAGUUCAGAAACAGCUGGAAGUUAUCAAUGCUAUCAUUGACCCCAGUGGGAACUUGGAUGUAGUUGCUACUAACAAAGCGUCCUCUGCUGCUACACAGUCUACAACCACUAAAGUCAGGACUGCUAACCAUUCUGGCUCCACGUUGGAGAUUUUGUCACCAGUACAGAUGAGAAAUUACAUCCAGAAAUCGAACUGUGGAUCUUCUAGCCUACAAGAUGCUAAUUUCAUUCCAGAUGGAGAGAAAUACGUGAUCUGAUACAAUAUUUUAUAUUGCUCUCAUACUGUCAUUUACUGUGGCGUUAGUUCUGUGUCCGAGUGGUUGUGGACAGUUUGUAUGGAGCAGUUGUUUAGAUUGCUAACACAUUACACACGCACACACAAACACACAAAAAACUAUGCUGUGUGGAUGAAUGGCAAGUCUGUAUGCCUUUUGAACAAGACUAGCGCUGUGGAGCAGCACAUAUUCAGCAUAGAGGCAAACUCUGAUUUUUACAAUACAACUCACUUCAAUUCUUCCAAUGUGCCAUAAGAAACAUGCUUUACAUAUCCUCCAUUUGCUACUGCCGAAGCUCUAAAGUGUUCUUGGAUUAGCCUGUUUAUAAUUCUCAGUUACUGGUAGUUCAGUUGUAACAAGGCUCUGUUUAAAAAAGAAGUGGACUUUUUUUUGAUUGGCGCUACAUUUUGGACUGAUUUUAAAAAUAGAGCAUUACUGUUCUGUUGGAAUCAACAUGCAUACCUAGCAGUAUAAUGGUGCAAUACAGUGGGUUUCUAUAAGGAACUCUGUUUUGGUCAUAUGAAAAUUGUUUUCAGUGUUUGCAAAAAAAAAAAAAAAAAGGAAGGAAGGAACCACUUUGAAUCUAUGUGCAUCAUGCUUUCAAUCCAAAACCUUUGUUUUUCUAUUGAGAAGGUGUAAAAUUUCUAAUAUAGUUGUAGAUUCUGAACAUAUUUAAGGCACAAAGCUUCAAGUAUACAGAUGUAGAUUAGCCAUAUAAAUGAGAAGGUCAGUUUUGAUAGCUGAGCUUGCCAAAUUCUCAUUAUUUCAGUUUAAUCAAUCGCUGUCUGAAACUUUUUUUGAAAAUAUAAUAAUAAUAAUAAUCUUUCAUAUUGAGCUGCAAAUUCUCCUGAAUGAGCUAAAGAGCAAGUUGUCUGUGAUCAGCCAAUUACUAAGAAAAACAUCUGUUCCAUUGGCUCAUGUACUAAACUUAAUUACACAAUGGCUGUGAACUAAUAUUCACUCUACAGCACUCAAAAUAAUGGCUUAAAUGUGGCUCUGCCUUUACUGAUUGUGUUGUCAUGAGAUUUUUCGUAUCCAGUUAUGCACGAAUACACACCAUCCUGUUGUAUUCUUGAGAACCUACCCAACAGUGCAAAGCUGCUGGUGUUACAAUGCAGCAUUGGUAUGGCAGCUCACUUUUGGUCCCUUAUAAUCUUAGGAACGCUAAGGAUUAUUUUGCAGCAGCAUUGAGAGUAUACUGUAAAAUUAGCUUUUUAUAUCCCAUCUGUCCAAGUGAGCUGCCAAAUUCUAAACAAAGUAUUUGAGUGGCUUUUUGGAGAGUCUGUUUGAGGCAUGCAGUGUGCAAACUGGGAUCUGUCCCUAUUGCAUGAAUUCCUCUUGACUGAAAAACAGUGAUCAGGAAACGAAAGUGUAUCUGCAGAGUUGUGGGAAAUACACUUACUGAUGGACGUAAGCAAACUAAAUUCUGCUACGCACUCACACAGUGUAUAAUUUUGCUAAUGCAAAUAGCUUCCCAAGCUCGAUUGCUCUUUAUGUGCUGACUUCAUGGGGCGGGGCUCGGAUUGAUUUCAUAAUUGGGUCAGUUAAUUGACCUUUUCUCCUAGGAUUUUGCUAAAGUGUCAAAUAUUUAUGAUUAAAUAACUGGGCUGCUCACACCGUGUUUAGUGUACUAGCAAAUGGCAGGAUUCUGCUUCAAGUGCCACCAGUGGGAUUUUUCCAUUGAUUUCAACAAGAGCAGUCCCAAAGGGGGAGUUUGCUGGUUUGCCAUGCUAGUGUGUCCUGCGAGCCUGCAAGGUUUUGCGUGUGCGGGGGGAAAUAGUGUAGUUUUGCUACCAGUGUAUCCAACAGAGAACAUGGCUCGUCCGCUCCUGUGGAGAUUUGGAGGAAUAUACUGGACUUCAUAUGAACACUAUGAUGAUGGGAGUAAAAUUUACUUUGCAAAAUAACUAGGAACUUGGCCUUUAAGUUUCUCUGGCUGCCUGUUAUGUUAAUGCUGUCUGAUUGUUCCAAUGUAUCCUUUUGGAAUACUUGCCUGUGUCCUUAGUUAAUAUCAUAAAUAGUGGUAUGGCUCUUGACACAUGGUAAUUCGUUUUCAAAAGUCUCCUCGGUGAGGGUCCGAUCCCGCAAGGUGCUGACUCCGACUCAUUGGAAGUUGAAGGGCUUCAGCAAUAUAGUCCGCUAAUUACAGUUUUGCAGUAGACAGGUGUGUGUUUGAGUUACGCAUCAAUGUCAGAUUUUAUUAUUUGUUUCUACUUUUUACUACAUUGUCCCAUCCUCGUGGCUAUGCUCUAGUGGUUUUGUUUCUUGACACCGUAUCCUUGAUGUGACUUCCAUUCACUUUCACUUGGAAACUUACUAGUUUCUACUUUCAUGAAGUGACCCAUCAGAGAUGAAUUUUCUCCCUUUGCUGUUCCUCUGCUCUUGGUAUCCAAAUAUCUUCAUUGCCGGUUGCGUAAACCCAGAAAUAUGGUACCUUUAAGAAACAAUUGGAAAUAAAGCUGGAGUCAUGAAUCUCUAAAAGUUUUAGUCUGGGGGCAGGGAAAAGCACAACCUGAUUUUGUUUCAUUUUGAAUAAUUUGUUCAAUGUGAUAUUAAAAAAAACACCUGUUUUCCAGCAUAAAGUUCUUAUUGAGAAUUUUUCAAGACUAGUUUAAUUGCAGUCCUGGUAUGUAAUCAUUUUGGUGCUGAAAUGUAACCAAUAUAUUUGAGGUACUUAAUUAAUCUGAAGUAUACCUCAUUCUGCAUUUGUCUGUUAGAAUUAAGCCAAAGAGCAAGCCACAUAAUUAUAAACCAUUAGCCAAGGUUUGGUCUUAUAAGCAGUAUUCUGUGACAACAAUAAAAAGUCUGUACAGUUCUGAUGUGAGUAUCACAAGCAUUUAGGGUCUGAUCCAAUGGCUAUUAGAGACAGUGGAAAGAUUCCUUUUGACUUUAAUGGGCAUUGGGUCAACCUUUAGUUGGUUAACUUUCAGUGAGCUUGAUGUGUGCUCCACUGACCUAAUAGUCAUUCAUACAGUAAAUUGUUUUCAUAUUUGUUGUAUUUACAUUUAAAAAAUUAGGCUGGCAUUUUCAAACAAGUCUAAGGAAGUUAAGCACCCAGCUCUGAUUAAACCUUUCCGGAACGUGGAUGCUAACGUACUUAGGCGCCUUUGAAAAUCCCAGCCCUUGUUCUUUUACUAUACUUGAAAACUGUGCUCUCAUUGAGAUUGUUUUCGAAUGUUAAACUCUUGAGACUUCAUGAUGAUGGAAUGAAUGUAAAUUCUUGAGAGAAUGCAUCAGUGCUUUGCGAGCAAGAGCCUAAGUGUGUCUACAGUACCGUCGUGUUGUGGUCGUGCUGAGAGUGUGAAUAAAGCCUAAGUCAUCCUUGAAUAUUUUAAUAAAGAAAAACCUUACAGAAUGUUUACAUACAGCCUACUGAAAAAAGUGUUUAAAAUAUAUAAGUGCAAGAUUCUACUAGUUUUUUCUUCAUUUUUGCAGAUCACACUAGAUAUUUUUAAAAUUCAGCAAAUAUGUGUAAUGAUUUUGCAAAAAAAAAAAAAA